CCGCGCGUCGCCGAUUCAUCGGCGGCGGGCGCGGGCCGCUUCUUUCAUAAUGCGCGCCGGGCGCGCCCAGUGUGUCCCUCAGUAAAUUUCCUCAGACGGAGUCGUGGAACGGGACAGGCGCCGCGCCGUCGACGAGCGGCGCGACGAAGCCGCUGCGGUCGGACUCGCGGGCCGGCAUCGCCGCUUUUAGCAGAGGACGGCCUCAUAGUGUGUCGUCGUCAGACUCGUUAAGCAUGAGCGCCUGGUGCCAUUGUCGACGACGACCGGCGGCUUGGCCGACGGAUCGUCCGUCUUCUCCGUCAAGCGCUCGAGGACGACCGCGCCGAUGUCUUCUCCACCAGCGCGGCCACUGACGAGGCGGCCGUCCCGCAACAACUUCCGCAAGCGUACAGGCGAAGGAACACGAGAACGCCGAGGAAAUCACAUCAGGAAACGUUUCUCUUGUUGAAGUUCAACUUGAAUCUUAGUAGGUUUGUCGCGCCCAUGGCCAAAAACAGGCAGCCCUUGGGCAGCCCUUGUUUGCGUCGCGCAGCGUAGCUCUAACAUACGCAGCGGCUGCAUAGGGUCAAGCAGCGGCCAGAUGGCGACUCAAUCGAGUCCGAGCGGCUCGGACGGCGUGUCCGCGGAGCCCACAACAAAAAAAAAGAAACGCAAAAAAAAAAUAAUAAAAAAAACCGCUAGCGGCAUGUGGCACACUAGGGGCGGUGGCCUUUUGUGCCUUUUGCUCAGCGCUUCGCCGACGGGAGCCCCGCGCUCAGCGCGAACGAGCAAAGGACUCCGAGCGACGCUACGAAGUGCCUGCGGCGCUUUGGAGGUAGCAGAAGCACAUCUGGAGGGGCAGCAGCAGCCCCUCAGGCCAGCGCCUCCGCGACGCACGCGACGAACGACGAUGGGCUGUUCUGCUUCGAAGCGCACGGGAAAUGAUGGGAGCGGAGCCGAGACGCGCGAAAAGGCGCUCAUGGAGGCCUUGGAGCUCCGCGACGGCUUCGACGGUGCGCCGACGGUGGUUGCUUUUCGUGAGCUUGGGGCGCGGACGUCGAACGGGCUUGCGCCGCGCGUCCUCGACACGUCGGUCCUGGACGACGACGACAUCCCCGACCUUGCCUCUGCUUCUGUGUCUUCUGAAGGCGCCGAAGAACGGGAACAUCUCAAUAUAGAUGAUUGGGAGGGCGUCGAAGGUGUCGAUGGCGUGGAGGCCAUCUACGGCGCCGUUAAGCAGACGUCGUUACGUCGCGUCGAUGGCGUGAACGGCGUGAUGCAGAUCUUCGUCAAGACCACCACGGGCAAGACCAUCACCUUGGACGUGGAGCCUUCGGAUUGGAUCCACAGCAUCAAGAUGAUGGUCUUCGUCAAGGAGGACAUCCAGGUCGACCAGCAGUGCCUGAGCUACGCGGGCAAGGACCUCGAGGACUGCCACACGCUCUCCUACUACGGCAUCGAGAAGGAGGCGACGCUGCACUUGUCGGAGCGCCGCAGAGGCGGCAUGCCGAGGGGGCAGAGGGUGACGGUCGCGGAGCUCGAGGCCCGUCAACCGCCGGGUUCUUGGUACUUUGGGCUCUCGCCAGAAGACUUCGCGGAGACGGAGCUAGGAUUUGUGGGUGAUUGGUUCGAGGAUCGCGUGAAGGCUUGGUGUGGUCAACGUGACAAAAGGGGAAGAUACAGAGUGGUGUUCCCGUGGGACGACACCAAACCCUAUAACGAGACUAAUGCGCAGACGGAGUUCGAGCGUUACCGGGACGAAGUAGUAGGAGAUGGGCCUGGGCCGCGCAGACGCGGAGCGCCCCCCCCAUUUGUGCAGGAGGAGAUCCGGAGCAGGACGCCCGAGGGCCUCGCUUUAGCGGAGCAGGAGCGGCAGGCGAAGCGGGCUGCGGAGGAAGCGAAGGAUCCGCUCGACCUCGGAAACACCCCUGAGGUCAUCAAAGCGGUCCAGGACGCGCUCGAGACGGUCGAGGGAGUCGUCGAUAAACACAAAAUUGUGGACAUCGUCCAGGGGACGUACAAUAUCCAAGGGAUUUCCGCAACACAAACUACGGCAAAUGUCGUGGCGCGAGCCUGCCCCAAAGCGAAAGCGGAGCUCGCCAAGAUGGACGCGGCCGAUCGCGAGGCGUCUUCCCUUAAAUACCUAGACGUCGUCGACCAGGUGAGGUUGGACGGUAGCUCGAAGGAGGUUACGGCGAAAAAGGAAGCGGAGAAGUUCCACUACUUGGAGACGCUCGAGGCGCUGAUAGAAGCUGGUUACUUCGAGCAUCUGAUGAUCAAAGCCGAUGGUACGCCAAGGCGGUUGACAAAAGAAGAACUGGGCAUGCUCGGCGAGGAGCUGAAUGUGGAUCGAUUCGUGGACGUGACGGUCGAACAGUUUUUGACGUUAGCGAAGCUGCCCUUCGACGGCGACGAGGUCGUCAACGGCUUCUUCGAGCAGCUCAAGGCCAAGCUCCUGGACCUCGUCGGUGAAGAGCUGUUGGAUCCGUCCACCAAACUCUAUAAGAUCGUGCAACUACCCGCGGGUGGGACGUGCGACCUGUUUCUGGGCUGGAGCGACGACGUCCUACUUUUCGUUCGUGAAAUUGCUGGAUCCCGGCUCGGCCACGCCGUCGGCGCGCUCGUGGGCGGGCACAUUAAGCGCGCGGCGGUCACUGGCGGCAGGGCCUGCUCGCCGGAGGUGCGCGACGAGGCCUCGGGCGAGAAGGUCCAGGUGCCGCUGGUCCGCGACAUCGAGACGUUCGGUCGGCGAGUGUACCUCGCGAAGUCGUCGCUACUGCACGACGCGUGGCGGCAGAAAGGUGGUGGCAACCUCCUCAAACACAGCGAGACGAUCAUUCGGGAGCGGGGCGGCAUUUGCCCCGACACGGGCGCGCGGUGGGCCCAUGUGCACGAGGGCGUGGCGGAGGAGCCGCGCGAGGGCGAGGGCUUCCGGUUGAAUUGUGGUGUCCAGUUGAACGAGGAUGGGACGUUCGGGGCCGGCGACCUCUCGUUCGUGACGCUCACGAAGCUCGAGGAGAACCUGCUCUCGUCGGCUCGCGUCGGUGCGACGUACGCGCCGGACGCACGUGCGCCGGGCUUCAUGCGCGACUUCGGUCUCGAAGGCGUCGACGUGCGGCUCGUGUCGCGCGACGGCCGCGCGUGGGACGAGCUGUCGGUGACCGGCGACGGGUUGUGGGCGUGGCCGCUCUCGUUACUGUUAAGCAAGGAAGCGCUCGAUCAGGUGUGCCUCUACAACCGCGAAAUCUACGAGAAGAUCAUUUGUUGGGACUUUUUGUUAGAUCAGUACCGGUGCGCCGCAUCUGAGGAGGGAAAGUGGCACGUGACGCGACUCCUUCCUGACGGGACGCGCUGUUCCCUGAGAGUCGUCGAGAUUCUCUACCGGCGCUGGCUCGAUCUGGCGGUCCACAUCAUUGGCGUUCGCGCGGCGAGUGCACGGGCUAUUAGGGAGGUAGGUCAAAACGCCGAGCCCAUGGACGUCGUGCUCUCUGGUGUAGACGGUUGCUUGGUGGAGGCGCUGCGCUGUAAGAGCGUCGACGUCGAGCUGAAGGCCCGAGAUGAUAUAGCCUCGCUAGAAAGGAUGGUGAAGCACGGUGGUCAUGAUUGGACGCGGGGUAUUACGAAGAAGAAGCCGGCCGACGCUAGCAAGUGUGACCUCCUCAUCGUAUUCACGCGAGAAUCCGAAGAUGAUGAGCGGCCUUUCAGCAUUAAAAAUGCGCGGCGCACGGCCGGGCAGCUGCAGCGCCUGUUAGAUGCGAUUCAUGUAGAUGGACGCGACGCGGCGACGGUCUUCCUAGACCUGCACACGUUCGACCCGCAGUUCCGGACGCUACGACUGAUGAUCACGUCGAUAUGUAGCUUAGCGAAGGGCCCCAAUCAUGCUUCGAUAGUCUCUUUUUGCGGCAAGAAAGACGACAUCAAGAAGAACUUGGCCGAGGCUCUCCAGAAGCACAGUACGGAUAACUUCGAGUGGAAGGAUAGCAACGGGUGCAUGGCUCCCGACUACUACGCGCCAUCCCUGAAAUUGACGCUGAAGCAGAAGGUGUUUACACUAUUUGGUAGCCAGUUCGAAACCUGUGGCGGUAUAGCCGAGGCUUUGAGUGUGGACGCGUCACUCAUUUAUCAAAUCGCCGAGGAGCUCGAAGUCGAAGAGCGGCUAGACCGCGAGGGCUUCGAUGAGUAUGACGGUGAAACCGAACAUGUGAAUUUCACGGUCCGCGCGGGAGCGACGCCACCGCCCUGGGAUGGAGUACUAGCAGUAGUUCAGGCGCCGCCGACGCCGCCGACGCUCCACCAGCGUGUCUUCGAAGCAUUUGGAAAUGAUGGGCCUUGUACUUGUUCGGUAGUGGCGCCCGCUUUAUUUUUGGAGGCGUCUGAAGUCAGUGUCGUUGCCGAUUUGCUCGUGAAUCUGAACAAGCUGGUUCGGAUCGGCGCCGAGGAGGAAGAGACGAAAGGGGACGACGGCACGGUCUUUGAGGUCGUGGCCGGCGCCACGCCACCGCUGGGCGAUGAUCAUUCUAUGGGCGUCGCUGCUGAGCCGCGGCUCGCGCCCUGGGACUCUUCGUUGAUUCCGACUUAUAGUGAUUUUGCGACGGAUGCGCACUACGAGAAGAAGUUAUUGAAGUUCUUGGCUGAACUGGAGCAGGACGCCGAGGCCAAGGAAGGGGAUGUCGUGCCGGGGGUGACGCGGAAGCCGGGCGCGCCGGGGUCGCCGAGAGUGGACUCUAGGGAGGGGCUGGUGCAGGCGGAGCGUGAGAAGGAGGCGAAUGAGAAGAAGGCGCCGUUGUCUGCUACUAAGGCGCCGAAGAAGCGCAGAAAGGGUCGCGCCGAUGACGAGGAGUCCACUUCUGAUGAUGGCGAGGACGAGGAGGACGAGGAGCACAUCUAGCCGUUCACGCUCGGGCGUCGUGGCAGCUUCUGGACGGAGGAGCAGCACCUGCCUCCACUCAAUGCUCGGUACCCGUCCCUCCGUCCCCUCAUUCCUCCGCGUGCCCCCCGCGGACCCCCCUUCCCCGAGCUGAGAGUCCCCAAACUAGAACCCGCAUAAAAUAUUAGUACUAUUCACGCCCCACGACUUACUCGGCCCGGCCCGGGGGCACUCGUGACCUGUGUGGAAAUCAAAAUUUUACGGCGCGUUCGUGCUGAAUCGUCGCGUCGUCCUCCACGCCAUCGACGCGACGCCUGCUCGAUGGCGUGGCGAUGCUGGUUCCUCACCGCUCGACCGAGCCAGGACGGUCGCGCCAUCGCCGAGAAAUGACUUAGUGAAGAAUUGUCGGGUGCACCCGACGCACUGGUUGAUUUCCACACAGCUCGUGACUCGUUUGAACGUCGCU